GCAUAACAAUUUCAGUCUUUUUAUAUGGAUAAAUCUAGUCUAUCUGUUAUUAUAUGUGAAGACGAAUGAAGAGACUGUAGAUUCUAGAACGAAAGCUUGUGUUAGUGCUAUAAUGAGCAGAGUUUUAACUAUCUCCGCCACCGCCGCGGUGGUGCCGUUCACCCACUACCCCAACUCUAUCCUUCCACGUCACGUACGCCUCUCGAAUCUGCCUUCCUCUCUCACUGUAACAACCCAUACUCUUACAUUUCGCGGACGAUUCUUCUCGCCGUACAGUUCCCAAGCCGUUCCCGGUCCUGCCGACGCCGGUUUAACAGGUGGUUUUGAUGCUAUAAUUGGAGAUGGUGGCUCAAUGCUACAGGAUGCGGGAGCCACGGCUUUGGUCAUCGCCGGUGCUUACGCCCUUGUUUCCACUUUCGAUUUCUUAUCCGAGCGCAAGCUCAUUGAACAGAAUUUAAGCAGAAAGCUGGUCCACAUAUUGUCUGGUCUGCUUUUUAUGGCUUCCUGGCCAAUUUUCAGUGCAUCAAGAUGGGCACGCUACUUUGCUUCUGUAGUUCCACUUACAAACUGUUUGAGACUUGUGAUUAAUGGCCUUUCUUUGGCUACUGAUGAGGGACUUCUAAAAUCUGUUACUCGGGAAGGAAAGCCAGAAGAAUUGCUUAGAGGGCCUCUAUAUUAUGUUCUAGUGUUAAUUUUGAGUGCACUUCUCUUUUGGCGUGAGUCACCAGUUGGAGUAAUUUCGUUAGCAAUGAUGUGUGGUGGUGAUGGAAUUGCUGAUAUUGUUGGAAGAAGGUUUGGGUCCAUAAAAAUCCCUUAUAAUAAACAGAAAAGUUUGGCUGGUAGCCUCUCCAUGUUUGUUCUCGGUUUCCUGGUGUCCAUUGGGAUGCUCUAUUACUUCUCGGCCUUGGGAUAUCUUCACUUGGACUGGGUUUCAACUGUAGAAAGAGUAGCUGUGGUGUCAUUUAUAGCAACUAUGGUGGAGUCUCUCCCUAUUACUCCAACGGUAGACGAUAACAUUUCUGUUCCUUUGGUAAGCAUGGUUGUAGCAUCGUUGGCUUUUGAUUUAUUAGCUUAGAAUGCCCUCAUCUUCCCAGCCUUAUGCUGUCCUGAUAAAAUUGCAUUGUGAAGUGAUGAUUCCUGCUUUAUCUUCUUGUGGUGCCCUUAUCUGUAUCCUCAAGUGGUUCCUUGAUGCUAAUGGUGCAUAUUUCAUUAAAACAAUUUAUUGUUUAGCAUACUAUCCACCGCCAUCUUUUAUGUUGGAAUUAGAUCUAGAAAGACAUUUAUGGUGUAUCUAUUGAACUAUAACUUGUGUAACGUUGAGCUCUGUUUCUAUA